UUCUAAGAGAGCCGGCCUUCAGAUAGACGUUGAAGUUCAAGGUGAGAAGACGAGUGGAUGCUGUGCGUGCGUUCUGCUCGUUGAAUUGUGUCAAGGACUCCUCCAGUUCAGGUCUUUUUGGUUUCGGAUGAAGUGCAGCGUAUCAAAGAGAUCUUAGAUAAUUUUUGGAAUGUAUCGAAAAAUUUAUAUUUUGGCUCUGUUCGCUGGUGUUUUAUACCAGGGCUCAGAUGGGAAGGAUGUUAACGAUACAGAUUCUGGAAGAGCUCUCGGAUUUGAUGAUCUUAAGGGAUGCAUCCAGCUGAGGAGCUUGACAUGUUUCCUGGAUGUGUCUGAUGAUAUUGUGCUAAGAGAAAAACGUUCAAUUCUUGAUGAAGCUGACAGAGCAUUGGCACUAAGUGGCAGAUCCGAUGAUGAUAAAGAAACUGAAAAACCGAGCGAGCUAACAGACACCAUUCGCCAACUAAUGAACGAAAUGAUGGAUAUCGUUAUGUAUGGUUUGUCCAGUAAUGAAAAAAAAGAAGAUGAAGAAGAAGAUGAAACAAGUACUGCAGUUUCAGAAAAAGACGGUUCCGAAGAAAAUGACGAAGACGAAGAUGAAAGUUCUAGGGCAAUUGAAGGCAGGAAGAAGAAGAAGAAGAAGAUCCACAAGCUCAUUGCUUUGAUCAAGCUCCUCAUCCUCGGUGCAGUAAUAGCUGUGAAACUCAUAGUACUCCUGAAGAUAUUCGCAGCACAUCUCCAGAUAAAGUUCCUCAUGAUCGCCUUCGCUGGACUUCUUAUAAAUGCAGCAAGAUUCUAUUUCGAUUUGAAGAAGGGGCACAAUCCUCAAAAGGUCAUUUAUUACGAGCACGCACAACAUCAACACCACUAUGAAGGUGCAGAGGACGAUUGGUCUAGUAGUGGUCCUUCAGAAAAUUAUUGGGGAAGAUCUUACGAAGAGGAAGAUGGACAGUCCGCCCAUGAUGUGGCUUACUCCAAACAGAAACCUUAUGGAUCUUACAAAAAGAAGGAAGACGAUAGCUUUUCUUGGUGGGGGUAAACAUUUUUCAUGAGUUGAGAGAGGUAUAUUAAUUUUCUAUUUUGUACUGAUUUUGAUUUAUAUAAUUUCGAUACUUUGUAGGAAAAUUUACGUCAUUUAUAGAAAUUGUUUAUUUUAGCAUAAACUUUGAGAUUUUGUUUUUAUUAAGUUAAUAUUCAAGUUUGUCGACUAUGAAACAAUUGGAACAAAGAUUGGUUAAUAUUAGGUUUGAGAAUUUUAUUCGUGAUGGCUAGAGAAAACCUGGAUCACCCAAAAGUAUAUGAAGAAUUGUUAAUUUUAAUGAAUAGUUAUGUAAAAAUAAAAUUCAAGUGGUCAAGUCCACUCAUUUUAAACUUUUUUUCACAUUUGUAUCCGUAGCUGAAAUAACAUAAUAUUUUCAAUUCAAUUAUAUUUUCUGUAUGAUAGUCGACAAACUAAAAUAUUUAUUAUUUAUUAUUAUUCGUUACGCAAGUGACUAUUAUGUGCCAAUUAGAAAAAAUAUCUAGGUAUAAAGGGUUACCAAAUAAUAGGUUGCUUUCUGCCAUGAUGAAGUAAACCUAAAACGAUUUAUACUCUUUCGGAACGUUUUGAAUACGUAUCAAUACUUUGUGCAUUCACUUGUGAUUUUUUAAUAAGUUUAGUGCAAUAUCAACUAAUUGAACUUCCAUAUUGAAAAAAAAUAUCUUUUUUAAAUCGUCAAGAAUUUCUAGCUACAUCAAUCAAAUGAAUGUUCCUUUGAAAUCUUGAUGAAAGUGUGAAUUGUCAUAUUUCAAUAGAUGAAAAGGCCAGUGUUGAGUUCAUGUAACAAUAAUUUCCUGUAUGGGUGACAGUCUCUGCGUGAAUAGAAUAUUUCAAAGACCUCCAACAAACAUAUUUCCGAAAACCAUUCUGCAUACUUUGUGUCCAGUAUUCAUCUUCUCAUUUAAUUUAACAUGUGCAAUGUGUGAAUGAGAAUCGAUUUGAUACAAACUUAUACUAUUAAUUAUACUCCUUCUCUUAGGUCCUCUAGUUUAUAUAAAAUAAAGCUCAAUUCAAUUUUGAGCUGAAUCAUGAGUGACUAGUCAUAAGUGGAUGAAUGUUUCAAUGAACAACAAUCUUAGUUGUAAUUUUGAGUCGUAUCGAUAUUGAAUACCUAAUGUUAUUAUUUAUGAAUUUGAUAUAUUUAUUUAUUUAUACCCGAAUAAUUUCAUGGGCAACAUUAAAUUUGUUUUGGGAUUCUUUGUACAUAACUCAUUCCAUAUUAACAAUAAAAUUUUAGAAAUUA